AUGCUCGCGGCAGUCCGCGCGCGCCUGGCGCUCGCCCGCCAGAGUCCGGCCGGCCGGCGUGCGCUGCACUCGGUGCGCGUGCACGCCGCCGGGCGCACGGCCGAGCGCCGCGUGCCCACGCCCCUCGUCCUCCUCGCCGUGCCGCACUGGGACGCCGGCUGGCCGCAGCGUGCGCGCGACGCCGCCGCCGCGCUGCACGCCCUGCCGCCGUCCGAGCUUGCGGCGCACGCGCAGCGCCAGCUCGAGCUCAAGGUGCCCGCGGCGCGCAGCCGCGUCGUGCGUGUGCCCGCCGAGGCGCCGCCGCACGCCCCGCCGCCGCCGCCGCCCGGCGCCUUCGACGCCGCGUGGGCCGCGUCCUUUGCGCGCCACGGCUUCGACGUCGUCGACGUCGAGCUCGACCUCGCGCUCGUGCCCAGGCCCGCGCCCGGCCUCCGUGUGCACGAGUGGUGCGCCGCCGAGCUGCAGUACAUCGUCAAGCAGCUCGGCCUGCCGCCCGUCCUCCUCGCAGCGCGUGAGGCGGCGUGUCUGGCGGCGCAGACGUACGUCUCCAGCCACGGCGUCGCCGGCCUCGUGCUCGUCGCGCCCCCACUCAGUCUGGCGCGUGCAGAGGCCGACGGCCUGCUGGGCGACGUCGGCGGCAGCGCGCUCGACGAGUUCGACUUUGAGCCGACAUUCCCGAUCCGCGUGGCAUGGGAGCACGAGGUCUCUGCGGCAGACGAGCUGCACUGGCUCGAGGAGGUCGAGCAGGACUAUCUGGACGCCGGCGAGGAGCUGAAGCGCGCGCACUGGCCCAACUCGGACAAGGGCGCGCUGCGCGCCGUGUACUGGACGGAGGACGAGACGAGUCUCGCAGACCCAGACCCGGGCCGCCGCAAGGAGCAGAAGGGGCCCACUCGCCGGCAGCUAUACGAGCGCGCGCGGCUGGCGACCACGCCCGAGCACCACGAGUGGCGCGAGGCGCGCCUCAAAGCCAUCGCCAAGGGCCUCAAGCCGCCCGUCUUUGACCCGCCGGCGUGGUACGAUCCCGAGCUGUACGUGUGCGGCUCGGGCACGCGUGUGCCGCUGAGCGUGCCGGCCGCGUCGCUCAAGGAGACGUUUGUGCGCUCGUCGGGGCCCGGCGGGCAGCACGUCAACAAGGUCAGCACGGCCGUGUCGCUGCUGCACGUGCCCAGCGGCGAGCGCAUCACGAUGGAGGCCGAGCGCAGCCAGGCGCGCAACCGCGCCCUGGCGCUGCGCAAGAUGAGCCGCCACCUCGAGGAGCUGCUCUGGCUCGACGACUCGAUCCUCGCCAAGGGCCAGGAGUCGGCGCGCGUCAAGAAGCGCAUGAAGCACAAGAAGCAGGUCAAGCGCGAGCGCGAGCAGCACGCCGCGCUCAACGCUGCCCGGCACGCCGAGGGGCUGCCGCCGAUCGCCGACCCACACUUCACUGCCCUGAGCAAGCUGCUGCCGCCCAGCGAGGAUGCGUUUGACGACGACAACGACGAUGACGACGACGAUGAGGAAGACAGCCCGUGGCGCCGGACCCAGCAGCGCCGCGAUGCACACGAGCUGCGCGAGCACGUGCGGCUGCAGCGCAAGGGCGACUACGCCGACUUCCGCGCCAGACGCAGGGCAACAAAGCAAUGGCGCCGCAUCAGCGCCAAUGGUAAGGCGAUGGAGUCUUGA